CAGAAUCACUUCCUUCUCUUGACGCGACAGGAUGUGACGUAGUAAUUCUGCGACGAGCACUGACGUAAACACAAAUUGAAGUGCAGAGAAACUUGAAGUUAUCACCAUGUUUCAUGGAAUACCUGCUUCAGGAGGGAUGGGAGGCGCUCCAGCCAAUAAGCCUGAAUUGUAUGAGGAAGUGAAACUGUACAAAAACGCCAGGGAACGGGAAAAGUAUGACAACAUGGCUGAGCUGUUCGCUGUGGUAAAGACCCUCCAAGCGUUAGAGAAAGCGUACAUUAAGGACUGCGUGACUCCCAAUGAGUACACGGGCGCCUGCUCCAGAUUGCUUGUGCAGUACAAAGCUGCUUUCAAACAGGUCCAGGCAUCAGAUGUUGGCUCAAUCGAUGACUUUUGUAGGAAAUACAGGCUCGACUGUCCACUAGCGAUGGAGAGAAUAAAAGAAGACCGCCCAAUCACCAUAAAGGAUGACAAGGGCAAUCUGAAUCGCUGCAUUGCGGAUAUUGUAUCUCUCUUCAUCACGGUCAUGGAUAAACUGAGGCUGGAGAUUCGAGCCAUGGAUGAGAUCCAGCCAGACCUUCGGGAACUGAUGGAGACGAUGAACAGAAUGAGCAACAUGCCACCAGAUUCAGAGGCCAAAGACAAAGUCAAUCUUUGGUUGACUACACUGAGCAGCAUGUCUGCCUCUGAUGAGCUGGAUGACUCCCAAGUUCGCCAGAUGCUUUUUGACCUGGAGUCUGCCUACAAUGCCUUCAACCGGUUCUUACACUCGUCCUAAACAACACUUCCAUCUUCCACCAGAACUCGCUUUGUAACCAGCCUGGUCUCUGUAAAUGAGUUCCCUUUGCUCUUAACCAGAAUCCUUUGAUACAGAACUCUGGUGUUUGAGACUAUAGUGACUCCUUGUGAUCAAGCAGAGAUGUGGUGUGGAAUAUCUCUCUCUCUCUCUCUGUCUGAUAUUACUAUCCAUCUCUUAGUUUCAUACCUCUAACUUAUAUAGUUGAAUUUAACAAAUGACUAUUUCUUUAUAUCCUUGUUUCAUAUAUUCUAGUGUCCUGCACCUUCUUGACAGAAGCCUUGUAUAUUCACGUCACUGAAAAUCUGGGAUUAGAGUUAGAUUUUAAACACGUCUAAAUUUACUUACCUUCUGUCCAGGUUUCCUUUUGCAAUGAUCAUAUUUUUACAUUUUGCAGUAAAACAAUAAUCAGUUCUGGUUUGCAUUAAUUUUAAUGUCUUUCAGAAGUUUAUAAUAUAAUUAAAUUGCUACGACAGUCCAUUUAUUAGGUACUAAAGGGGUAGUACCAGAAGGCAAUUCAGUAUAUACCCUCAGAAAAAAGUACCCUGUAUCUUUUGUGUCUUUAGUGUGCAUUUUUUUCCUGUAAAAGGGCAUGAAGUGUACCUUUAUUACUUAAAAAAAAAGUAAUUAAAGGUACGCUAGAUAUCCUUAUGGUGUAACUCCAUCCAUGCUGCUUAUCCAGUGCCGACUGCAGGUGAGCUGGAGCCAAUCCCCAGCUGACAUUUAGUGAGAGGUGGGGUGCGUCCUUGACAGGUUACCAGUUUACUGUGGGGCUAACACAGAGACAAACAACCAUUCACACCUAUGGGCAGUUUAGUGCUGACCUAAUCCACAGGUCUUUGAACUGUGGGAGGAAACUUGGGUACCUGGAGGAAACCCACGCAGGAAUGAGGAGAACAUGCAAACUUCACACAGAAAGGUCCCAGUCGACCAGCAGGUUCGAACGCAGAGCCUGCUUUUAAUGAGGUGACCGUGUUACUCACUGCGUCACUGUGCUGCUACUUAAGGUGUAACCAUGUUCUUUAAGUCUUAAAGGUCCACUAUGUUCAUUUUACCAUGGAAAGGAUAAAUACAGCCAGAACAAAAGAUGUACUCUGAAGGUGGAGCACCCCAGUGAUAAAGAAAGGUACAGUUUAGUACUUUUUUCUGAGACUUGUCAUGCUUGUACCACCUCAACAUUCAGAUCUUGCAGAAAAAAAGAAACCAGCGUGUUUAAAUUGGGUGAAGAAAAUAUUAUUUUAACUUUAAUGCAUUAUCUGAUUUGUUUUGUGGUAACUUUUUUUUUUUUGCGCUUCUAUUUGAUCACACUGAGUUUCUGUAAAUGAUGGGAUCGUGAUAUACACAUUCAUUGCUCUUUUUGGAGAAAUUGGUUUCAUUGUACUGUAUGCUCUAAGUCAUAUUUAUUAAAGUAACACUGUUGGGGGGAGUUUUGGAAAUAAAACAUGGCCGUCUUUUAAAAAUAAAAUUGUUAAUCAAA